UAUAAAUAUACGAGUGGGUACGCUUUUAAUGAAUGUAAUUAUUCACCAGAGCAUUUUCUUACUGAGUAAACGCAUAUUCCGAUUUGGAUUAGCUCGUGAAAAAGUAGAAUGUUGCCGUGGUUCGUAUUCGCUCUGUAACGAGUUGUGCAACGCCGAUCAACAUUCAGGUUAAUAAUCCAUUUAUAGAUUUAUCUGAAUAUUUAUAAUAAGUCUGUGUGCGAUACGAGAAGUUGGCUACGUGGUGUCAAAGCAACUUUGGAUCCAGUCGUAAUAUGUGGGUCUCCUUUCUGCAGAAAUCGCUAUUACUAUUUUUCUCUUGUAAAGUUGUGUUACAAGCUCACUGCCUUACCGUAAAAAGGUCUCCUUUGGAACUCGGCUACGCCACCUUUCCCAAUGAAAUUGUAAAACACAAACAUGUCCCCAUUGUGAGCAAAAUAACUGAAGAGGAAGAUAUUGAUAAAGAUGGGGAUAAUCCUAUAUCUUCCGGCGUUAAUAAAGUGCGUCACACACAGGAAUGGGUGCCAGGUCAAGUCCGCCACCAUUCCUUCAUACCAGCUCAUAUCCAUCAUAUUUACGUGCCCAUAUUGAUAACUAGGGAUCUCCAAACAGUAUUGGUGAAACCUCCGGAAAACCUUUACUUCUAUCCAAGACACUAUGGAGGCUACGGGGUGGGUACCUAUUCAGGGGGUCAAGGAGCAGGGCACGGAUUUCAAAUUAUUUUUAAUCAAUGACAUUUUGAAUUACUAAUUCGUGUUAGGUUGAAUUAUUAAAUUAGUUUUAGAAUUGUAAAUUGUGGAUAAUGAUGUACAAUCCUGAAAUAUACUGUGGAACAGAAUAAAAAAAUAC